AUGUCCCAAGGGCUUGAACAGAACGGAAGCCCGGACGAGGCAGCGAGGCGCGCUGGCGCCCAGCCGGUGCGACCGGUUAGGAGAGGCCUUCAGGUGCAGGUGAGCCAGGGCCCAGGUGGGGCGCACAAGCCGAGGCGGGUGCGGGCACCCCGACGCUGUGGCGCAGCGCCGGCGCGGACACCCAGCCCAGCGGCCCGGGGGCGUCGCGGGGAGCCGGCGGCCCCUGAGGCUUUGGGGCUCGGGCGAGCGCACCUGCGCACACCUGCCGCCUUCCGUGAGCGCCUGAGCCCUCCCGCGCGCGGACCCGCCUCCGCAGCACCGGCCGGCACGUGCGCGGCGGGCCCGGGCGGGACAGUCCCGCGGCGCGCAUGCCCGGCGCCCUCGCCGCCUCGGCCCGGAAGCCCCCGCGCGCUCGCCGCUCCUGGGCGGCCGGAAACCCCGCGGUGGGGGCCGCGUGGGCGCCGGGCCGCCGUCAACGGCCGCGCGAGGAGAAACCGCGGCCGCGCCCCUCGCUUCCUGCAGCCCCGCCCCGCCGCCCGCGGCUCCUCCCCCUGCCGGCCCCGCCCCCGGCCCCUCCCGCCGCGCCUGCCCGGCCGGGAGGCCGCGGCUGCGGGCCGACGCGUGCGGGACUGCGCCUGCGCGCUCUGGCACCAUCCGGGCCGCGCGGCCUGGGCGGGGCCUGGCGGUCGGGGCGUGGCCUCGCGCGGAGGCGGUGGGCGACUUGAGGGCGUCACGGGGGCGGUGCCCGGGCGGGGCGCUGUGCGUCCUACGGCGUCACGGCUGCUGGGCUGGGACCGCGGUAGUGCUCGCUCCGGCGGCGGCGUCUCGGAGGAGGGGCCUGGGGUGGUGCGGCGCCCGGACCACCACCGCGGGGGCGGGGCCUGGGCGGUGACGGCGCCGCGGGGGCGGGGCCUGGGCGGAGUCCGCGUGCGUCCGGCCGCGGCUCCUCGGGGGCGGGCUUUGGGUGGCCUCGGCGGCAGGAGGCGGGCCGGGGGCGGUGCUGCGUGGUGCGUGCUGCGGCGUCGCGGGGGCGGCCCCGGGCGGGGCGGGGCUGCGUCCGGCGGCGGCGUCCUGGGGGCGGGGCUUGGGCGGCGGCGGCGGCGUCGCGGGCCGGCGGGCGCGGGAGGGGCGCGGGGGCGAGACAAAGCCGCGGCUAAUGAAUGGGAGCGCGUCGGUCGGCGUCGUCCGUCGGUCCGCGGCCGGCCGGGAGCCACGCCGGCGCCAGCCCGCGCCCAGGUGGGUGCGCGAGGCCGCGGGCGGGCGGACAGGAGGGCGGGCGGGCGGCCCCCUCAGCUCGGGCGGCGGCGGGCCUCGGAGCGGCCGGGCGCCGGGCGGGGGUCGGGCCGGCGGGGCUCGGGGCGGGGGCUCGGGCCGGCGGGCGCCCGGGGCGAGGCCGGGCCGGGGCGGGGGCGCCGGCUCUAUUGUCUGGGCCGGGCCGGGCCGGGGGCGCGCGGCCUCCGAGGGCCUCCACCCGCCCGGAUGCGCGGCGGCCCGAGCCGGCCCGAGCUGGCGGGUGCAGGCGCGCCCCGGGCCCGUCGUCGGCCCGGCGUCCCGGGCUCGGCGGCCCCGGCCCCGCUGACAGCUGGCGCGCGGUGGAGGCUCCGGCCGGGUGCCCUCGGUCGGCGCCGGGCGACCGCGGAGCGGUGCCGGCGAGGCCACCGGGCGGACGCCGAGCGCAGCGGGGAGCUCCCGGCGGCGGAGUUGGGGGCCGAACCCGCUUUGUCUGGGCCGGGCCUGGCUUCCUCCCCGGAGCCUGACAGCCGCGUGCGGCGAUCGCCGCUGCGGAGUCGCUGGUCCCGGGACAGGAGGUGA